AUCGCCCCCGCCGCCACCCUGAAGUUCAUCGUUAUUAUAUUGGCCGCCGGGAUGGUGGCCUUCAUCGGAGCGGUUAUCUGCAUCAUCGCGGCUGUCCACACCGGAUCCUCCAAGGCUGCUGCGGCUCAACAGCAACCAGCAGUCGACAACCACUCGCUGUACCCGGACGCCGCGGCGCAGACACCCGCCGCUGCGGGCUCCGUGGCCCGGCCCGGCUCCCUGGGUGCUCUCCACGGUUCUGAAACGCCCGAUUCAGAAGCUCCUACCUUCAACAUCGGGCUCGGCGGGCUGGACGGGGUCACCGGACUCACCGGACAUGACCCGACCGUCAGUCGGCUGAUCUGCACUCCGAUCCCAGCCGGGGAGUGCAACCCGAAAAACUUUCAGCAACAAGCGGACGACCCGUCGUUGUACGCAGGCGAAGACUGGGGCUACCUCCGCACCACCGCGGAGGAGCUCCGGCAGACCGUUCUGCAGCAGAAAGACCAAAUCUUAACAGACCAGCGGACCAUAAGGGAUCUGACGGGGAAGCUGUCCGAGUGUGAGAAGGGGCUGGACGGGAAAAGUGGUAGGAGCAGCGGCAGCAGCAGCGCGGGAAGACGUGGGAGCUCCGCGGCGCUGCGAGGAGGAAAAGGCGCGGCGCAGGAGGCGCACCUGGACCGGAUCAUGGUGCGGGACAGCCCGUCUGCGACCUCCGACGGUGUCCACCUGCUCACAGUGCGAGCUGUGGAUGAACUGGAGCAGGCUAUAACUCAGCUCAAAGACCGUAUAGAGAAACUGGAGUCAGAUAUUGGCCCAUUUCCUCACAACCAGACAGACAGCAACACCUCCGGAGUGCCAGAGGAAGGUGGGAUGUCUGGCAGCCCAGAAAGGUUGCCUGAUCUUGGGCACAGAGCUGGUUCUGACAGCUCCUGGAGGAUGGACGACUUAGAGGUCGAGCUGGAGAAGAAGGUACAGCUUCUCGAGAAAGAGAGAAAAGCCUUGAGGCUGGAAACGGAGAAACACAAUCAGGAAAUCGAGCGGGGCAUCAAUAAACUACACCACCGAAUCUCAGGGCUGGAGGAAGGUUUCUCAGGGCAUUCUUUCCCAGAGGGAUACAGAUUGUCCUUCCCAACACGGACAAACUACAUGUACGCUGUUGUGACGCACUCCAUGCCAAAGCUGCGGGCCUUCACGAUCUGCCUGUGGCUGCGCCCCGCGGAGAGAGGCAUUGGGACCCCCGUGUCGUACGCUGUCCCCGAACAGCCGAAUGAACUGGUGCUGCUGCAAGGCCUGCACGCUCCUGCUGAGCUGCUCAUCAAUGACAAGGUGGCUCAGUUGCCUCUGAACCUCUCCAGGGGCAGCUGGCAGCACAUCUGUGUGAGCUGGACACAAAAGGGAGGAGUGUGGCAGGCCUACCAAGGGGGGAGGCUGAAGGGAGAAGGUCACGGACUAGCCGCUGGACAUCACAUUCGACCUGAUGGAGUGCUCAUUCUCGGGCAAGAGCAGGAUUCUCUGGGUGGAGGUUUUGACUCAUCCCAAGCCUUGGUUGGAGAGUUGUCCCAGGUGGGUCUUUGGGACCGCGUCCUGACGUCCAACCAGGUGGCCAGCUUAGCCCGAUGUGGCAAAAUAACCCAGGGCAGUGUGAUACCCUGGGCUGAGAAUGGAGUUGAUGUUUAUGGUGGAGCAACCAAAGACCCCGGGGAGCCUUGCAGUAAACACAGCAGGAGUUCUCAGUGAACUACAGGGGAGGGUUUUGAAGGGAAAGAUUCCACAUCUCCAGUAUUACCACUAACAAGGGACGUUCUAAACAGUAAAAAACUUCUAAAACUGUGUGGCAUUGGAUAACAGUUGUUUAACAUGGAAAAAGAAACUAAUGGCAUACAUUUAUAUGAAGUGAGAAGGGGCUGAGACACCUAACAGUCCAACAGAUGCUCUUAUCAUCUGGAAGGUUGUGCAAUACUAGAUAAAUACAAAUGUAGUAUACAAACAGAUUGUAUUUUUAAAGUACAUAUAGUCCAUUUCUUAAAUUAGAAUAUAAAAUGAAAAUUACAGUGUAGAUUUGCUCACUUAAAAACAGCAGCUAAUAGCUAUUGUUAGCAGUAACAGUAGCUAAUAGCUAAUUAGAACUUGUAUAACUACUUAGCUAAAAUGCUACACUGCCAUCUUUAAAUAAAUAAAUGAUUCCUCAUUUUACAAAACAUACUUUCUUGUUGGGAGUUUUGAGUAGAGGUAUUUGAAUGUUGUAAAGCAGCCAGCUAACUUAGCGUACCAAACAAUUUCUUUACUUAGACAUGAAAGUCCUCAAUCACUUGUGUUCAGUUCAGUUGAAUUUCGUAGAUCCCGAAGGCUGCAGAAUUAAAUGAAUUACCACCGAAAUGCAUUUUAGUGCCAAUACAUUCAAUACUGACAGUUUUUAGUUUUACAUAUACUUUAGAAGUGCUUACGGCUAAUAGCUGAUGAGUAUUAUUUAAAACGGAGUUAUCAAGUUCUAAUAGCUUCUGUGGAUUUCAGUGUUUCUGUAAAAUACCUGUAGUGGGUUGUUGAGGUAGAGAAAGUUGUCAUCAUUUGGAAGUUCAGGGCAAUCCAAGCUUCUUAAGUUUUAUUGGGAAAAAUAACAAACUCCAAAAAGUUCUGUUAGUGUGUAUAUGGCACAGUAAAUGUGUUAUAAGAACACACAGAGUGAAUGGGUGUAUUGUAAAGUUUAAUGAAAGUAGAAUUGUGCUAUAUAAAUGCAGACCUCAUUAACAAGAAAAAAAGGAAUUACAUCUGAUGUGACAAGAUUUGCAAGAAACUUCUGAUGAUUAUCCAGCAUUGUGAAAGGUCUUGAUUUCGCUGUAAGACAACUAUUUACUCCAUAGAUUUUGUACAAAAUACAAUAUGAAUGAGUUUAAUGGCAGAUACUGUAACUUUUGAAGAAUGGCAGAUUAUGUAUUUCGAACACUUUUGCUAAGUUAGCCAGCUGCUGCAGUAGUGUUAAUUAUAUACAUUGUGUGAGACUGGCAAUCGCCUUUUAUCAAAGUCUUAACAAGAAAGCAAAUAAAGAAAAUUCCAACCUGUGGAACUUUUACUUAAAUCAGCUAAAAAUAGUGGCUAUGAUGUCAUUUAGCAGUCAGAACUGUGCAAAAAUUGAAUUUUUCAAUAGAACUUUAUAAUAUGGCCUGUUACUAACAGUUUAAUUCUCUACCAUAAAAUACCAUAAAAUGCCAUUUUAUGGUAUUUUAUCUAAAAUUAUAAUGUAAUUUUUUAAACCUAUAAAUACUUAGAUUCACUAAAAAGGGUGGUUAUAAUCCAAUGCUUGUUUUCUUAAGGGUUUUUUUUAAUAAGUAGGAAUAUGUACAUCUAUUACCAAAAAUUCAUCAUGCGCACCAAAAAACUGACAUGUAUUUACAAUUUAAGGUUGGAAGGUUAAACCACUCUAUAAUAUGGGCUGCAUCCAUAAAUGUACUGCAUACUAACAAAAUAAACUAAAGAAAUAUCAUUUGUGUUUGUACCGAAACAUAUGGAACUUUCCACCCACCUAAAUUACGUACUUUAUUCCUUACUUUAUUACUUUAUUCUUUUUUCUAAAAACUUCACCCCCUUAUUGUCAUUUGAAAUGGAAUACUGUUAGUCGUAGGCUGUAUUAUAAAGUGCUACUUUAUAAGCAACUUUUCCAUUUAUUCAUUUAUUUUUAAGCUGCCACAUUGUAUGAAAAAUAAUGAGUUGAUCUCAGUCUCAGAGAUCUGACCUCUACUAUGAAAGCGAGAGGUUGUGUCAAGCCAGCAGAAACCCAGCAGGGUUGGGCAGAAGUUAAUUAAGGGCUGUGACUGCUUUAGAGUUUAAAGUCAAGGUAAGGUGAUGAAAAAUGCUGGAGAAAGUGGUAGGAAUAUUAAGCAGUAGGUGGCAGCCAGGAGUAGAUGAUGAAAGAGAAUGAAAAGAGAAAGUGGGGAUAGAGAUGGAUCGGAUACUUGUUAUAAGUGAUGCUACAUUGUUUUCACCCCUGCAUGAUGUAUUCAUAUGCUUUUAUUGUCUUGCCACUGCAAUGUGUUGUUCACCGAUUUCACAGAAGAGGACAGAAGCGUUUGCAUUCAUGCAAAGGUGGCUGUCUGUGUGUCUGUCUUUAAAGGUCAGGGGGGUCUGUUUUAACCCCUAAUUACCUGAAAUUACAGAAAUAUUUUUCCCUAAGGAAAUUCUCAGUACAAACAGAAUGUUUUUAAUGUCUUUAAUGUUUUUACUCAUUUCUUGAAUACAUUUUUCUCCAUUUAUGUAACCUGAGAAAUUGAGAAAUCAAGGUAAAAAUACACCCAACCAAUAAAAUCUCAAAUGAUCACACUAUACCUUAUCUUCUUUAAAUGGAUAGAUACAUAAAGCCCUGCACAUCUACAUUCUUAGAUACUCUUUGAUUUUAAACAUGCAGCCACUCAGUAACACGGGUGAUCUGAUAUCUCUGUGUUGGUGUUCUUCCUGCAUCAUCAUAAUAACGUUGAUCCAGUGAUGUUGUCUGAGCAUUCAGUUAGCAAUCGAAAUUUAAAGAAGUAAAGUUACUUUCUUUCCAAGCUCUUUAACUAAUGGCAUACAUUUGUAUGAAGUAAGAAGGGGCUUUAUGGUUCCUUCAGAAACGCUUAACGGUCCAGCAGAUUCUCUUAACAUCUAGAGAGUUGUGCAACAUAAGAUAAAGAUAAAUGUAGUUUGCAAACAGAUUGUAUUUUUAAGGUACAUAUAGUACAAUUUCAAAAUGAACAUAUAAAAUUAAAAUUAUUAUAUUGCUUAUGUAAUGUUAGCGGUUAGCUAUCCGAAACGCUUAUGAUUAGCUAGCUUAAAAGCUAUACUCUUACCUUUAAAUGAAGGAUCCUACAUUAACACGGAUGAUGUCUCCGCGUUGGUGUUUUCCCUGCGUCGUCACAAUAACAUCGGUCCAGGAUCAGCAGACCAGUGACAUUGUCUGAGGUCACUGUUAGCAUUAGCCAAGAAGUUAGCUAAUGCUUCUAAAAAUUAUCACAAAAACUCAACAUGAGCAACCUUUAGAAAAUAGCAAACCCUAACUUGAUGAUAUAUUUAUAAUACUUUAUGACUUAAUAAAUUAAAAAAACAUAAAACGAAAUGCCCCUCGUUAAACAAAACUUUCUUUUCACCAUAUUGCAAAGCUAUGACAUCAUAACAUCCUGAUGGGUCAGCUGCAAUGUUGAUUUUGGACCAACAUUAUUAUGAUGACGCAGCAAAGCUAACAACACGGGGAUAUGAGAUACAGUUAGUAACUAUUUCAGCUGUAAUACAUUCCAUGCAUGAGUUGUACUGUUGUUUGUAAUAUGCCUUAGUGAGUUUCAUAAAAAUCCACCUCUAACCAUUAUUCUCGACUGGUUUAUGAGACAUGCUGUUGAAUGCAACAUUUCUCUCACACUAGCUCUCCCUAGCAUACAAAAAAGAUCCUUAGUGGAAAGUGCCUGCCAGGGUGUUUGUACCCAUGUAAACAAAUCAUCAAAUGAAUUGUCCUGAUGUAAAAUUCUCAUCGCAAGAUAUUUUGAGCUAAUUAAGCAUCUGCAUUUCUGUGAAUUCCCCGGGGCUUUUUUGAAGACGUAAGAGGUUUGAGUAAACAUUUGAAAACGCCGUCACUAAUUGAAACGUCUGCACAGUGCCGCCAAACUGGUGCUAAAUCAGGUCAGAAUCAUCUUGCUGUGGCUAAUAGUGUCUUUGAUGAUGCCUCUCAGUCUGCAGUGGCGAUAUUAUAUGUCAUGCUUGGUGUCUGUUCAGCUCCCGCCUGAGCUUUGUUUGGGCUUUUUGAUAGUAGUGUGGAGUUAUAUUGUUUACAGCUACUGGAACUGAUUCUUUUCCAUUGUAUGCAUUGGUAUCUGUCUGAUUUAAUGUUGUUGAAAUACUGUAUGUCCAUGUCUUGUGUGGUGUUGUAUUGUUCUGCACAUGUGCCCUGUACAAAACUCAAAUCUUUAUUAAAGUAAUAAUUUUCAGAUGCA